AUGCCUGAGACAGACGUCCUGAUCAUCGGCGCAGGACCGACUGGUCUCGUCCUUGCUCUUUGGCUCCACCGACAAGGUAUCAAUGUCCACAUUGUUGACCAAGCAGAAGCGGCUGCGAAAAACUCGCGGGCCCUUGUCGUCCAUGCGCGCAUCGUCGAACUAUAUCAGCAACUCGGCCUGACAGAUGAUCUAUUGGCAGUCGGUCACCAGCUUCCGGCGACCAAUAUCUGGGUCGGUGGUCACCACCGGGCGCAUAUCCCUCUGCAGGAAUUCGGCCAGAAGUUGACACCAUACCCGUUCAUGUUGACAUUACCACAAGAUGAACAUGAGCGACUGCUGGAAAGACGACUGAAGGCUCUCGGAGUGACUGUAGAACGACGCACGCGGCUGCUGAAUUUUGUGGACCACGGAUCGAAUAUCACGGCUACUCUUCUCUGCGAUACCGAUGAAAGCGAGAUGACCUACAACGCCGCAUACAUCGUGGGAUGUGAUGGGGCUCAUUCGGCCGUGCGUCAUGGAAUCGGCACAAAGUACGAGGGAGAUGCCUAUAAACCGUUUUUUUACAUCGCCGACAUCGAAGGGGAUGGUGACAGCCCGUUCUUCAACGGCGAAGCCCAUGUCACUCUCACCAAUGAAAGUUUCUACCUGGUCAUUCCAUAUGCCCAAAGAAGACACGCCCGGCUCGUUGGGGUUACCCUGGCCGAUGAUAAUGCCACUUAUGACCCCGAUCAUACCCUGUCAGAGCACCAUCCGCAGAUUACUUUUGACGACAUCCUGCCACAGGUCAAGAAGGCCUUAAACAUCAAAAUCGAAAAACUGAAUUGGUUUUCGACAUAUCGGAGCCAUCACAGAGUGGCCGAGAAAUUCAGAGAUAACCGCGCAUUUAUUGUCGGAGACGCUGCUCAUAUCCACAGUCCUGUGGGCGGUCAGGGCAUGAACACCGGUAUAAUGGAUGCCAUCAACCUGGCAUGGAAGCUUGCCACCGUAAUAAAACAAACCGAAAUGACCGAGGACGCCAAAAGCCAACUACUGGAGUCCUACGAAACAGAACGGCGUGCCUUCGCAAUGAAAAUUGUUUCGUCGACGGACACGGGCUUCACGACGUUUACUGCAAAGGGCAUUUUCCCGCAUAUUUUGCGGACCUGGAUUAUUCCAUAUCUUGCACCGGUUGUCACUUGGUUUAGCCAUACAAGGACAGAGAUGUUUCGUGCCGGAUCCCAGCUCAUCUGCACCUAUCGGGGUAGUGGUCUCAGCCAGGCAGCCGAAUGCACAGCGGCAGUACAUCCCGGAGAUCGUCUCCCAUGGGCCAAGACUCAACAAGAUGACAACUUUUCAACUUUGUCCGACAUAUGCUGGCAGCUUCAUGUCUAUGGUGACCAGCAGCCGGGCCUUGGGGAAUGGUGCCUGAGAAGGAAUGUCAAGCUCUUUGUCUUCGACUGGGAUGAGCAGCACGCAAAAGCAGGAUUGAAAAAGGAUGUGGUCUAUCUGCUCCGGCCUGAUCACUAUAUUGCUGGCAUUUUUGAGGGGGAUUCUGUUGAGUCUGCGCUGGACGACUACUUUUCUUCUCGAGGGCUGGCAUGCUAG